AUGGCCAACAACAUGGGCGUUGGAUCAAAGUCUUCCACUCUUCUGAUCGUUUUCCUCGGUCUUCUGGUUCGGCACAGAACCAGUGGAGCAAACGUUCUGUUAGUGCCUACACCAUGCGGUGUGAGUCACUGGUUCACGUUAGCGAACAUCGGACAGGCUUUAGUACGCAGGGGCCAUGCCACCACAGUGGUUGUACCAGAAGACAUCGCCGAGAAACGACAAACGGAAAGGCCCGACUUCAAGUUUGAGACAUUUCAUGACGAAGGAACCCAUGCCUUAGUCCAACAAAUUGAUGGCAAUCUUCAUUCAAAUCAAGACUCAGAAACGUCGGUGUACCAGUAUGCAAAUCAUGGUAUCAAUCUGUCUAAGCGAGUACAAAAUGUCGUCUUCGCAACUCUUCUUCCCAUGCUUGGACGUUGGGUUGCGAGUAACACGUAUGGUGGACUGGUGCGUAAGUACGUCGGGGAAAAAGAAACUAUUCAGAGUGUUGUGUCUAAAACUGACCUGUGGCUGUAUCAAACCGACCACGUUCUGGAUUUUCCCGGUCCCUCCAUGCCCAACAUGAUUCAGAUAGGUGGAUUACAUAUUGAUGCAGUCUCUCCACUUGCCGAAGAUCUAGAAUCCUUCGUCCAGAGUGCAGGAGACGAUGGGGUGAUCGUUGUCAGCCUUGGGACAAUUGUCAAGACGAUGUCGCCGGAGAAGACAGAAAUCUUCGCUGCAGCCUUUGCCCGACUCCGACAGAAGGUGGUGUGGCGGUACACGGGGGAGAAGCCGACCGGCCUGGGCAACAACACCAUGCUGCUGGACUGGCUGCCUCAAAACGACUUACUAGGCCACCCCAAAACCAGAGCGUUCAUCACCCACGCUGGGAUUAACGGAGCGUACGAGGCCUUACAUCACGGGGUGCCCAUGGUCUGCCUCCCGCUGUUCUUCGAUCAACCCGGUAACGCCGCUCGGGUCGUGGCCAGGGGACUGGGGGUGAAGCUGGACCUCAGCGCGGUCACUACGGACCAGCUGUACGAGGCCAUCACCCUGGUCAUCACCAACAAAAGCUACCGCGAGACGGCAGCCCGCCUGUCCCGUCUGCACCGUGACCAGCCCCAGUCACCCAUGGAGCGGGCCGUCUGGUGGAUAGAACACGUCAUCAAACAUGGCGGACUGCCCCAUCUCCGCGCACGCGCCGUGGAGCUGCCGUGGUACCAGUACUACCUGCUGGACGUGGCUGCGUUUCUAUUGGCUGUCUGUACGACUGUCCUGGGUACAGUGUGGUGUAGUUGUUCGCUCGUAUGUAAGAAGAUUUGUUGUAAAACUGAAGGCAAGCUUAAGUCUCAGUAAACAGAUAAGUAACGUUAUCCGCGGAGUAACCUUUAUCCGUUUUCAAAAAAAGUAUUUAGGCAUAUCAAGUCAUCUGGCGGUACAGCAUUUUGAAAACUGCAAUAUCACAAACAUUACUUCUUGGAACCACCCUCUGUUUACU